GACGCAAGCGGAAAGAGCGACUUCUUAGUGAUUUUGGAGCAAGUUCGUGCAGCUUGUUGACUUCGCUGUUAUGGCUUUCCUCUGCAGAAGUGCUGCUUCGCUGCUGAAGUCCUCCAGAGCAGCGCCGGUCCUCCUGUCCGGCAGCCGCCUCUACAGCUCAGGUGGUCAGUAUGAGUAUAUUUUGGUGGAAAAGCGAGGCGAGAAGAGUAAUGUGGGUUUCAUCCAGCUGAACCGACCCAAGGCUCUGAACGCUCUAUGUGACGGGCUGAUGAGGGAGGUGAUUCAGGCCCUGGAAGUCUUCGACGCUGAUGCUGACGUGGGAGCUGUCGUCAUCACCGGCAGCGAAAGAGCCUUUGCUGCCGGAGCGGAUAUUAAAGAAAUGCAGAAUAAAACUUUCCAGGAGUGUUACACUACAAAGUUUCUGGCUCACUGGUGCAAAGUGGCUGACGCGAGGAAGCCUGUGAUUGCAGCUGUCAAUGGAUUCGCUCUGGGUGGAGGCUGCGAGCUAGCGAUGAUGUGUGACAUCAUCUACGCUGGAGAGAAGGCACAGUUUGGCCAGCCGGAGAUCCUGCUGGGGACCAUUCCUGGGGCGGGCGGCACCCAGCGGCUGACCCGUGCAGUGGGUAAGUCCCUCGCUAUGGAGAUGGUCCUUACAGGAGACAGAAUUAAUGCACAGGAGGCCAAACAAUCAGGUUUGGUGAGUAAAGUUUAUCCAGUGGACCAGUUGGUGUCUGAAGCUAUUAUAUGUGGCGAGAAAAUUUCUGCCAACUCCAAACUGGUCUCUGCUAUGGCUAAAGAGGCUGUUAACGCAGCUUUUGAACUGUCUUUGGCUGAGGGUAAUCGUUUUGAAAAGCGCUUAUUCAAUGCUACCUUCGCUACAGCUGAUCGCAAAGAAGGCAUGACAGCAUUCGUGGAGAAGAGAAAGGCCAGCUUCCAGGACAGUUAAAAAUUAAAAAAAAAGAGCACUCUCAGAGUUCGGCCAUGAACACAAAGUUCCUGAUAUCAGCAAGUCAUUUCCUUAUCUGCAAUAAGUUGAAUGCUGCAAAAAUCUUGAUUGCAGUGGAACAUACAAGAUGUUUGAUUUAGGAUUUGGCAUUGAGUGAUUGCACAAGAGUGUCUUAUGACAGUGAAGCUCUACCUGCUGAGCUCUGGUAUCAGUCAAAUGCGGUCUGAGUGCUGUAAUGCAGUGGGGUUUGUCUGUGAAUACUCUAAAUAACUUUACCAGUGUGUAAUAAGAGGAAUCAGUCCUGAUUAUUGUGCUGACUUUGCCUUUUCAUUUUCCCUAUCAAUUGUAUGUCUGCCUUUUAUAGACAAAUUAUUUACAAUAAAUAUUUGGUGUAGUUUUAACUACAGUGACAGAAAUGGAAA